CCACGAAACUCACGCCAACGCAAAAUGAUCCUCACAAACUGCGCCGCCUGCGCCGCCCCACUGGCCCACACCGCGCCGCGAUGUGUAAGGUGCCAUACAAGAUAUUGUAACAAAACUUGCCAGAUGGACCACUGGCGCCGCGGCCACAAGCAGAUGUGUAAGAAAAUACACCGCGGCGGCAACGCGGAACAAUACCACGCCGACAAAAAAUACAAGGAGGCCGUCGCGGUCGCGGUCGAGAAAUGCGCGGACGACACGAAGGGCCAGACGUGCUACAUCUGCACGCAGUCCCUUCAUUGGAAGACGAAGGAGGGCCUUGUGCGCGGGUGCGCGUGCCGCGGGACGGCGGGCUUCGCGCAUGUGUCGUGCUUGGCGGAACAGGCGAAGAUUUUGGUCGCGGAGGCCGAGGAAAACAAUUUGGGCUUCAAGGUGUUGAAUGAGAGGUGGGCGCGAUGGUCCACGUGCGGCCUGUGCGAGCAACGGUACCACGGCGUCGUGUCCGGUGCGCUUGGGUGGGCAUGCUGGAAGACGUACGUGGGGCGGCCUGAGACGGAUGAGGUCCUGCGUAUGGCGAUGAACCUGCUUGGGAACGGUUUAUACACUGCAGGACACUAUGAGGACGCGUUGUCCGUGAGAGCGGCCCAGUUGUCUACGUAUCAGCGCAGCGGCGCAUCAGCAGAAGACAUUCUCGCCGUGCAGAGCAAUCUUGCGAACACGUAUGCUGCGCUUGGACGCCUUGAGAAGGCCCUAAGCAUGGAGCGAGAUAUAUACUACGGACGUUUGAAGCUCAACGGCGAGGAACAUAGACAGACCCUCGUAGUAGCCCUCAACUACGCGUCGUCCCUUGUUCAACUACAGCAUUUCGAAGAAGCCAAGUCACUGAUGCGCAAAACGACCCCCGUGGCCCGACGUGUUCUCGGUGCGGGUCAUGAUCACACGCUCAGGAUGAGGACGGUUUACGCGGUGGCGCUCUCCCUGGACUCCGGCGCCACGCUCGACGAUCUCCGCGAGGCCGCGACGUCGCUCGCUGAGACGAAAAGGACCGCGCAGCGCCUGCUCGGCGGCGCGCACCCGAUCGUAGUGGCGAUUGAGCAGGCGCUUGGAGGCGCACGAGCCACUCUCAGCGCCCGCGAGACGCCGUCCUCAUCGCCGCCGUCGGAGAGCGUCUAA